AUGCGCCGUGUUGUUGUUACUGGAUUGGGUGCUGUAACUCCCCUUGGAGUAGGAAUAAGACAUACAUGGAAAAGGCUGCUAGACGGUCACAGUGGAAUUAUUUCUAUAAAAGACAGAGAUUCAAGAUUUGCUGAGCAGCCAUGCCAGGUUGCGGGUGUUGUUCCUAAGGGAUCUAAGACCCAAGGAGGAUGGGAUGCCUCUGAAUGGCUGACCCGAGAUGUAAGACUAUACUCUGAAUAUGCAAAUACCCAGAUAUCCUUUCUAAUAGAUAUGUACGCCCUGGCUGCUACUCAAGAAGCACUCGAAGAUGCAAACUGGAUGCCUACUACGGACGAGUCCAAAGAUAUGACGGGAUAUCGAAAAGUGUCACCACUUUUUGUUCCUAAGCUCCUUAUUAAUUUAGGUGCUGGGCAUAUAUCGAUGAAAUAUGGUUUCAUGGGUCCCAAUCAUUCGGUAUCAACAGCAUGUACGACAGGAGCGCAUUCUAUUGGUGAUGCUUCUCGUUUCAUUGCGCAUGGUGACGCUGAUGUCAUGGUUGCUGGAGGAGCCGAAUCAUGUAUACACCCACUAGCUAUAGGAAGCUUCGCACGGUGUCGGAGUCUUGCUACCGGCUUCAACGAUAAUCCAGACAGGGCAUCCCGCCCAUUUGACAGAGACAGGCAGGGCUUUGUCGUUGCAGAGGGUGCCGCGGUUGUUGUGCUAGAGGAACUUGAACAUGCAAUAUCUCGAAAUGCCCAUAUCUAUGCUGAGCUUAAAGGAUACGGAUGCUCAGCUGACGCAUACCAUAUCACUGCGCCACAUGAGACAGGUAGAGGUGCUUUCUCUGCAAUGAAGCGUGCCCUUAAAAAUGCUGGAGUGCCUCCGAGUAAAAUCGACUACAUCAACGCCCAUGGCACGUCGACUCCAAUUGGGGAUGCAGCCGAGAAUCUGGCAAUCAAGUCACUGUUUCUUGGGUCUGAAGGUAAAGCCAAAGCCUCGGAAAUAAACGUAAGCAGCACAAAGGGAGCUAUAGGGCACAUGCUGGGUGGAGCCGGGGCAAUAGAGGCUGCUUUCUCUAUUCUAGCUAUUGAUCAGGUACAAUAUUCUUGCUUCUUGAUUUUUGCUCCUAUACCUAACAUCUAG